AUGUGGCGAGACCGCACGAACCUGUACAUCUCCUACCGGCAGUCUUACGCGCAUCACCCUACACAGCGAAGACCCUAUGGACCGGGCGCCCUUGCUUCUGGUCCCCUUGCCGACGCCUAUACCAGCAGCUAUGCGAACGACGAUCGUCGCGGCCUUCUAUCGGCCGGUGCGUUUGAAGACGAUGGCGAUGCCAUCACAGACUUGCUUGCCAAUAUCGCGACAAAGGGCCAGAGCUUGGAGAAGCUACACCAAAAGCAUGUGCUACCUGGUUUCAAUGAUGAAGACGCUAAAAGGGCCGAGGAAGCGCAAAUAGAGAAGCUUACACAAGAGAUCACCAAGGGCUUUCAUGACUGCCAUCGCUGCAUUCAAAGAAUCGAACAAAUGGUGCGGGAAUCACAGCACGCAGGUACCAUCACAAAGGCAGAGGAGACCAUGGCCAAGAACAUUCAAAUUUCGCUGGCUGCACGAGUUCAAGAUGCGAGCGCUAGUUUCAGAAAGAAGCAGAGUGCUUAUCUUAAAAAGCUUCGUGGCAUGGGUGGCUUUGGCGGGUUGAGUCCUGGCGAGAGAUCUAGUACACCACAGCCAGGCUUCUAUCUCGACCCAUCUCUUCAAGAAUCUGACGCAGAUCGAUCUUUUUCACAAUCGACACUCCAAGCAACCCAACAGCAGAGAGUGCUCCAUUCUAAUGAUGCUGCGAUUGCUCAACGUGAACGAGAGAUUGAGGAUAUUGCCCAAGGCAUUAUCGAACUGUCUGACCUCUUUCGAGAUCUCCAGAACAUGGUUAUCGACCAGGGCACAAUGCUGGAUCGUAUCGACUACAAUGUUGAGCGCAUGAAUACUGAUGUCAAAGCCGCUGACAAGGAGCUAGUUGUAGCUUCUGGCUACCAGCGGAGGACAACCAAACGCAAGAUCAUUCUCCUCCUCAUUCUUAUAAUCUUUGGUAUGAUCAUUCUGUUGGUGAUCAAACCUAAGAAGCAUGGGUAG